UGACAAAUGAAAGCAUCACCUUCAUUCGAAACAUUUAACAAAAUAGCCACACAAAAAAAACAUCAUAAUUAUCAUCGAUAAUGAUGUCAUCGACAACAUUAUCGUUACUGUUAUUUGGAAUAAUUCAAUUAAUAACAAAUUCAAAAUGUAUGAAUAUUAUUGAUGAAACAUUAUCAUUAUCACCAUCACCAUCAUUAUCAUCGUCACCGUUGUCGCCAUCGUCGAUAAUCGAUCCAUCCGAUAAUGAAACAUUAUUGAAUUAUGGACAUCAUCAGCCAUCAUUAUCAUCAUCAUCAUCACCAGGAUCAUCAUUAUCAUGGAAUUUUACACAAUGGUGGAAUGUACGACAAGCUGAUGAUAAUCAACAACUUUAUAGUGAACCGAUAAUUAUAUUUCAAGAACCAACAAAAUAUUUACAACAAUAUGGUGAUUUUGAUCGAUUCGGUCAUAUUGAUUAUCGACCACCAUCUUUAUCAUCAUCAUCAUCAUCAUCAAAUAAUGUCAAUAGUCAAACAAUAAUGAUCGGUACAAAUGUUUUCCAUAUUGAUCCAACAUUUAGUCCACGUACAUCGAUCGAUAUUUUAAAUCAAACUAUUCGACAAUAUUUUUCACGUUCACGUCAUUCAUCUGAUGAUAAAAUCUAUUUACGUGAUUUAAGGGAAUCAUUGAAAGAUAAAUUUCUUAGCUAUGGAUUAAAAACAGCAUUUCAUGUAUUCAAAACUGAAUAUACACAGGAUAAAACGAAACGACAAACAGCAACAAAUAUUAUUGCCAUAUUACCGGGUAAAUAUCGUGGAACACCAAAAGAUGAAAUCUAUUUAAUUGGUGCUCAUUAUGAUACUGUAAGACGAUCACCCGGUAUUGAUGAUAAUGGUUCUGGUUCGGCUGCUGUUCUUGAAAUGGCUCGUUUAUUGACCAAACAUAAAUGCUAUUUUAACAAAACAAUCAUUUUUACAUUAUUCGAUUUGGAAGAAGAGUAUCUAAAAGGUAGUAAAUAUUUUGUACAACAAUAUCUAAUACCAACGGAAAUACGUAAAAAUCAGGCCAAAUUUAAUGGUGCCUAUAUUAUGGAUAUGUUAUUGGCCUAUAAUCAAUCCGAAUCCAGUCAAUCAUUACGUGAUUUUUGGCCAACAUUACCAGCAUUCGUUGAAGAGAUUCAAGAUGCAGGAUCACGUGGAAAUUUUAUGACAGUAUGGUCAAGACGAAAUAUUGAUCAUGAUCUUUAUUUUUUUCUGGAAAAAAAUUGGAAAAAUAAAAAUUUUUUCCCGUUAAAAUUAAUGGAUCCACCAUUACCAACAUUUAGCCAUGAAGUAUCGAAAAAUUGGUCAAAAUAUUCAAAAUAUGGUACAUUUGCACGAAGUGAUCAUGCAAGUUUUUGGUAUCCAAUCGAACGUGAUACAACAUUUCGUUCAAUAUUACUUAGCGAUCUAGGACCAUGGCGUAAAGAUAUGAGCUUUCAUUAUCAUCGUUCUGGUGAUGAUCUUAGAUGGUUACGACGUGAAAAUCUUGAAUUUAUGAAAAAUACUAUCGAUAGUCUUUUGGCAACCAUAAUCGAUAUUGGUGAUGGUUAUUGUUUUACACAAAAAAUUUAAAUCAAAAACAACAAACUUUAUUCAAUCAAAAAUCAAUUUUUAA